UUCCCACAAGCGUAGAAGCGCUUUAGAGGAAUUGGAUGGCGCUGCCUCGCGCUCCUUCCAGCACAGAGGAAAUAAAAACAAGCUUUAUUUCGCUUUGUUGGUUUCUUUUUACCAAUCAGCUUUCUCCUGAGCCGUUUUUCAAUGGAUUUCUGACUCUUUUUUGACGGGGAAUCGAGUUUAUUUGGCCACAAAUCGAGGAAACGACUUUUACGCAUUACAGCCACGAGGGAGAUAACAGCAGUGGCUUUGUUGUCCUUUUCCCGAUACAGAAAGGAAUAAUCUGGCCGAGGAGUUACACCCUGAGUGUUUUCGACUUUUUAAGGCAGAGUGUGUUAAAGGAUUUCCCUUCGCUCUGGUUGGGGAGCGUGUUUUCUCUCCGUCAUUGUCCUGUGCGCGCGUAAUCUUCAAAUGGCGUAAAACGUGCUCAACACGGGCUAAAGUCAGCAAAAUAGACACCGUGAGUCCUAGUUUGACUGGACUGACUGUAAUAAUGACAUUACAACGUCUCCAUUAAGGAUCCAGGCUGUGAGUAGAGACUGUGUUGUUGUUUCUAAGCCCCGCAGGGGAGCUGAGCCGUCUCCUGUCAUCUUAAUUUUCUCCGGCAUGGCAUCUCAGUGGAAGUAGCCUUCAAAGUGGAAGAUGGCUUUUUCCCUCUCCCCGGGUUACAGCCAAAUCCCCCUGCAUGCCUAAUGGCACAGUGACAGUGAAAAGUCGGCUCUUUGCGAAGGUAAGAGGUAAAGAAUGACUGCAGCAGCAGGUGUGCUUACAGGCUUGGCAAAGCUUAAACGCCAAGACUCUGCCCGCUCCCAGCACCGGCCGAUACCUCCAUCACCAGGCUUGGCGAAUCCUGCAACAGAGGCUGCCCCCAGAAAGAGGAAACGACGCACAGAUGUUGUUGUGGUACGUGGCAGGCUCCGGCUCUACUCUGCCUCCGGGUUUUUCCUCCUCCUGGGACUGGUUAUCUUGGCCAUAGGGAUUGGAAUGGCUACUCUUGGUUACUGGCCACACAGUGAAACCAUCCCCAAAUCCCCGGCUGGAGGAGGAUUGAAGACUGAAACUGCUGGAGGAGAUCAAACAACUGAAGGAAAUGGAGCCAAUAUGGCUGUCAUGGACGGCGAUAUGGCUAACUCUAAUGCUAGUCAUGUGCAGGACACGCCGUCCAAGCAGACAGGGGGUGCUCUGAUGCGGUUCCUGGAGCAGCAUCGUCACUCUGAGAGGAUGAAGAUGCUUGGGCCAUUCACUAUGGGCAUUGGGAUAUUUAUCUUCAUUUGUGCAAACGCCAUUCUUCACGAAAACAGAGACAGAGAAACAAAGAUAAUCCAUAUGAGAGACAUGUACUCCACUGUCAUCGACAUCCAUCGCCUCAGGCAGAAGGAGCAAAAACAACACCAUCACCGCAACAGCACCUACUCAAGAGACAUUGGGGACCUUAGAGGAUUUGGAGCUGAUAGCGCGUCACGGUUAGCCGGCAACUCACUCCUUGCUUUCUCCUCUCGUGCUGGAAGUGUAGCUGGAGGGGUUGGAGGCUCAACAGAGGAGGAAGAGGUUCUGUUAGGAGACGAGGAGUUUCAAAAAAACCGGUCACUGGCCAAGUUGGAUUGUAGUUUUGCUGGACUGCUUGCACCACUUUACAAAGACCGGCCCUUUUAUGGUCAUGGACUAGGGCUGGUUCACUCGGAUUCUGUACGCCACCAGUGGUCAGUGGACGGAGACGGGGAGAAAGGAGGGCACCAUGCCCGUUCAAUUGUCUCAUCCUCUAUAUCUGCGUUCACUCUUCCUGUCAUUAAACUCAACAACUGUGUUAUUGAUGAGCCAGAGAUGGAGGCGAUUACAGAGGAGGACAGAGGAGGUGAGAAGAGAGAUGGAGAGAGGUCACAACCUCUGACCUCCAUGGAGUCCCUGGUGGUUCCUGUAGCAUCUGUUGCAAAGGCAUCCAAACCUCCAGGACUCCAUCGCAGUAACUCAGCGUCCUCAUCCUCCCACUGCUCCUCUGUCUCCUCUUCCUCCCUCUCACCUGCCCCCUUAGGCUGCUGGCUCUCCCCUGGAGCAGCAAGAACUGACUUUGGCUCCAACUCCUCUCUGCAUAUGCUCAGCAGCCAUUCCAAAUCUCUGGACUUGGAGCGCAGGCCGAGCAUGCUCAGUGUUAACCCAGAGCAGCGGAAACACCCGAGUUGGCCCCGCCUGGACCGCAGCAAUAGCAGCCGCAGUAACAGUGGUAUCCGAGGCAGCAGUAAAGGGUACACGCGGCUGGAGGACAGGGAGGAGCAGGGGGGUGAGCGGCUGUUGGAUGCAACAGCAAGGCGCGACUACAGCAAGCGGGAGAAACUGCUGAUGAUAUCGAGGUCGCAUAACAAUCUGAGCUUUGAGCAUGAUGAGUUUAACAGUAGCACACUGAAAAGGGGCAGCUCAGAGACUAGGUUCUGAAGUGAUGGACUAAAGGUUGAAGACACUUCCCUCCUGUUCUUUAAAUUUGUUUUGGGGGGGAAUGAUGAGUUUAACAGCUUCAUUCUGGAGAAAGAAAACUCAAAUGUACUGCCACAUAAUUUUAGAGAAUAGUGAGUUUUGGACUAUCCUGUGCUGUAAAAGUUCCAAGACACUAAUACUUACAAAGACUGGCUGUUUUUAACUAAACCUAACCUUGAAUCUCUGCUGAGGGAGUAAAGUGGAAAAUGAAGUUUCCUACAGGGAUCAAUAAAUAAAUCUCCUCACAUCACCUGCCUGCUUUAUACAUACAUAGUUCUAAUAAAGUUUAGACAGCAUCGCCACCCUCAGAGAUCGCUUUCAAUCAAUAUAGUUUUAUUAGAACAGGUUGCUUUUGUAAAGUGAUUCAAGGUUUCACUCCAGCAGCUGCUGGUGAAAUCAAGGACACACCAGCAGCACUUUGAGCAAGUUCCUUCCAGAGUGAGUAAAAGAGGCACAAAGGUAAAUGUUUUAUAACAAGGUCUAGGAAAAGAAGCCGUGGGAUGAGCACGAGUGGCUUAAUAGGAAAAGAGAAAAAGCUCUAAGAUAAAAAAUAGUCAUUCUAAUGAUCUCUGCCUGGAGGGCACCUCUGAUAACAGUGUGUGUAGUAUGGUUGAACAGAGAGACUUGGGUUAUAAAUAGGGAUGAGGAUCGUUAAUUUUUAUUGAUAUUGAUACCCUUAUCGAUACUCCUUAUUGAUCCAAGUCCUUAUCAAUACCGCUAUCGAUACUUUUCUAUAGUUUGGUGGAAAAACAAAAUGAAGACAAAUAUUUAGACUCAAAGUGGUCUUAGCUGAGUAGUGCUUGAGUUAAAAAGCUAUAAUUCAGUCUGUAACAUCUAUUUAUAUCCCUUAAAUAUAAACACAUUCUUCAUAUUCACAACCAUAUUUAUUAAGGUUUCUUGCUUAAAACUAAAUUUUCCCAUUUUUACGUGACAUUUUAAUACAUUGUAACAUAUAGAAUACAGUCGUAUAAUUUACUGAGGUUACCUGAAUGCAUCAUAUUUUCCAUCUUUCAGCUGUUAAGUUCACUAAUUAACUUUAAUUCUGCUGAUUCCACUGCUGAUUUCUGCACUGGAUCAAUACUUUUGACAAACAGGACUUGCUCAAAGUUUUGGAACAUUUUUCAUCAUUUAUCUGAGCAGCUGAAGAAGAAAACUGUCCUGAAGCAGGGACAUGAGAGCCUGUUACUCCCAGCGCAGGCGGGUAUGUUUUGUCUUUUUUCCUCAAGCCGCCAGUUGAAGGUACCACACUCUGGUCUAAUGUGAUGCACAAUAUUGAUGUGUUUUUAGUUUAUGUUCCCCUUCUAAGAACUGAUGUAUCUUUUGCACCAAUUGUAUCUUAAAAUGAUGUUACGUCACACAGCCUGUGACACUCGAUAGCAAUAUCAAUAAGCCAAAAUGAUACUGAUUUUCAGGUAUUUCAAAAACACAGAACCGGGUCCUUAUGGACCCAGGUUUUGAUCGCCAUCCCUAGUUAUAAAUGAUGAUUUUAAACUGAUCUUUUUAUUUUGACCCAAACACUAACACCCUAUUUCCUCAAAUAGUCACAAAGGAUGUAACAUCUGACAUUCUUUACAUUUAUUUUGCAAAAACGAGGUAUUUUGCGCAAAAACUUACCUAAAAAGAGAGUAAAGCCACACAUCUUCUGGGUUUGUUUUUCUCAGCUCUAUGUCCACACUGAUAGGGCAUUGCUACUCAGAGCUUCUUCAUGUUUCACCCAGGAGCUCAGACUUGUUCGCAACAUGUUUGAGCCCCUCCCUCUGCAACCAAGAGCCCUGCCAACAUGUUGGGGAAAAGGGACGGUCCUGCCAACUCAGUGUUUUUAAAAAGGCACAAUGAUGGAGAAAUAAACAACAACAAACAUUUCCAAUGAACAACAACAACAAUCAAAUCAAAUAUGUGCUUAAAACAGAGAAGAGAGUUUUACAAACAGGGGCUGUCAAAAAACAUAAAGAGAGGAGAGCUGAGGAAUAGAGGAGGUGUGGCCAAAGAUAAGAUCUGUUUUGGUCUGAGAAACUGGUGCAAAAGUGUGACAUCUGAUGGACGUCAACACUGGAAGUCACAUAUAACACCUUUAACCCUAGCUGCAUUAAGCAUCAGUCCUUUACUCAAAGUAGGCUUUAAUUUAGUUCAGACCUUAAUGUUUCAGGCCUUUAUUCGAAGCAGGCUAGUAUUCAGUUCAGACCUUGAUGUCUCAGGCCUUUAUUCAAAGCAGGCUGUUAUGCAUUUUAGACCUUGAUUUCUAAGGUAUUUAUUUGAAGCGGGCUAGUAUUCAAGUUCUGACUUUGAUGUCUUGGACCUUUAUUCAAUGCAGGUAUGUAUUCAAUUCAGACCUGAAUAUAUUCAGGCCUUUAUCUGAAGCAGGCUUUUAUCCAAUUCACAUCUUUAUUUUUCAGGCCCAUAUUCCAAGCAGGCUCAUAUCCAAUUCAGACCUGGAUAUCUCAGACCUUUAUACAAAGCAGGAUUUUAUUCAGUUAAGACCUUAAUGUCUCAGGCCUUUUUUGAAGCAAGUGUCUAUUCAGUUUAUGGCCUUUAUAUGAAGGAGGCUUGUAUUCAAUCCAGACCUUGAUUUCUUAGGCCUUUAUUUAAAGCAGGCUUGUAUAAAACUCAUGCCUUUAUUCCAAGCAGGUGUGUUUAAAUUUAAUCCUUGAUUUCUUACAGACAAUAUAUGAUUAGAUAUUAUUAGAUAAUAGGACAUAUGUUUCCAAUCACCCAGAUUAGCUAUUGCAUUACACUUUUCAAUAUGAAUCUAAUUAAGUCAUUUGAUUUAAUUUAAAGCUCCUCAACAUGAAAGUUAUCUCUGAAUGCUCCAUAUUUUUGUCAGGCUUUUUAUUUUGAAGCUCUCGAGUACUAUGUUUCAGACAACUGAGUGCACUGCACAGUUACUGGCCAAUGCUACCCAGCAUUUGUCACUUAUUUUUAAAAUAACAGUUUGCUCAGACGUGAGCAAAUCUGCAGUGACUGAAAUCAGACACUGCAUUGUCUAUCAGUGACAUGCAUUUUGACAAAAGAUGGUGGAUGGAUGUGCUUUACACCUCUUUGAAAUGCAUAUUAUAUAAAAGUAAUGGGGAAUGUAUCCAUCAUUGUUUUCCUCGGACUGCAUUUGGGACUGGGAUAUAUUUGUUCCAUCUCUUCUUCACAAUCCUGUUAUUAUUUGAGGAAAUACUGUGUGGAAACAAUGGUACUGAAGAAUCCCAUUGUCUCUCAUAGCCUGGUGUUCUAAUAAUGAGUAAUGUUUACAGCAGAGCCCCAGCACUAUAAAUAUAUAUACAUAAAAAAGGUAAAGUAUUUGUUUUAAAGGAAGUUUGAGUUUGUUUGUGUAUCUGAUCUUCAGACUGUAGCAGAUGUAGAGAUCCACACAAAGAGAACAGUCAAACAAAUCGAGUUAAAAUGAAGAUGCCAGACUGCAAAAUACAACAGCAGAGUCAGUGUUGCCCUGCAGGUAUAAUAUUGCUGCCCUUAACUGAGAGUGAGAGUAAAAAGUUUCUGUCUGCAGCUGAAAAAUGGGAGUAACAAUCUUUGUCUAUGGCUCGCCUUUGGCAUUUUAGGUUAAAGUCCUGGUAGAGAAUAUCAGGCAUAGUUACCUCAGGCUGCUGUCCAUUAUUUAUAUUUGUUAGUAUUUUGUAGGGACAUUCAAAAACAUAUUCAUUAGAGAGAUGACCCUGAUGUUUAAUAAUAUGGACUUGAAAAAGACCAGAAGAAAACACGUGACCCCUACUGACUACAAAAAGUACAAUAGAAGCACACAUUUACCAACACAAAACUUGAACUGCCAAACAUUUCAGCAUUUAUAAAGUAAAACCUUUUGUAAAAUUCUGAAGCAGAUGAUUCAGUUUUAAGCUCUUCUUAAUAAAUGAACACUUUGUGCAAAACACUUACAGAUACACUAAACAAGUAUAAUGUAGGUCAAGAAGAUUUCAGAGUCCAACUGUUUUAACAUUGCUGCAAAUCAUAUCUGCUUCUGAAUAAUACAAAAAUUAAGUCUACCUCUUAGGUUGUCUUUUUCUCCCUCAUAAACAUGGUAACAUGUUCCUCUGCAUCUUAUCUUGUUCAAGAUGAACUAAAACGUGAUGUGUAAAAGGUGCUUUGCUAAUGUCUGUUUGCAGGCAACAGAACUAAUUAGCUGCUCAGCAGCAGAUCAUUACACAGCAUGUUAACAACCCUGCAAAUGUCACUGUGGUACAGUAACAUGCUGGUGUGGUUUCUUAUCUUUAAUAAAACAUUUUUAAAACCUCUCAAAGACCUUGUACAUUCAUAAAACUAUGAAUGAUAAUAUCUUUAAAAUCCUGGCUGAGAUCUUGCCAGCAUUAAAAGUCCCUGUAAGUAAAAUCCAAACUUUGUGGCUUAACGCACUAGAUAUGUUUGAAUAAGGUUGCUGUAAACAUUGGAAACACUGAGAUCUAUCUCAGAUCAGAUCAGAUCAGAUCUCUGUGUGACUACGUUUUUGCAGUCUCUAUUUGAACACACUUCUAGCUAGGGGUGUCAAGAUACCAGAUUUUAAACUUUUAUAUGAUCUUUGUAAAAACUAAACAAUAUCUUUCACUCUUUAAAUAAAAAGCAGGGCAGCAAAAAUAACAGUCCCAGGCACCCAAUAUGUCUCGUUUUUAAUCACUAAAAUUGUAGGCUCCCUCCUGCACACUGUCAAAUACCCCAUUUACACAAUGCAUUAACAGGUUUUUAUAUCUGAUUUGGGCAUUUGGAGACUAACUGAUAAUCUUUAAUGCAAUGUGUGAAUGCACCUCAAUAUGUACUGAAAAUAGUUGGAUAUCUGAUUGUUCAGACUGCAUAUAUGGGUGGUCUGGGAUGCCUUCAUCCAGACUGACACAACAUGCACUAGCAAACAUUAAGGACCACCCUAAUGUAAUCUCCUGUGCUCCACAAGAAAACAAAAAGCAGGGCUUUAUUUAUGUCUGUUCAGCCACACUGAGCUAUGGGAAAUGAAGCUCUUUUUAGAGAUCUGGAUUUUUUUGGCUUAGCUCGGUUAUAAGGGUCAUUUGAUUUCAUUAAGCCUUUUGUAAACAACAACAAAAAUAGAACAAAAGGAAACUGUUUUUUAAACCAGAGCUGGCCCAUGUUGCUCGUAAAAAGAGCAGGCUCAGAACCAGUUUGUCUGCAAACAGAACAUCACAACACAUCAUAACUCUUUUGUAGCUUACAACCUUAAUAAGCCUGUCAUUUCAAUUUAACCAGUAUCUUCGCAAGAUCUAUCUGCUAAAAAGUAUAUCAGCAUAUCCUUCUGAAGCAUGUUUUAUGACAAAAUGAAGAAAAGCUGUUAAAGAUGCACCACUAGCCCCCAUUCAUUUAUAGUACCUGUGUCUUCACUGCACAUAUCACGUAGCUGUACUAAGCAUAUGUAAGGACAGCCACAGUAAUGCUGUUGCUUGCAGAGGUAGGUAAGUUUAUUCAAAUAGGUCAUCACUGAAGAUACAGUGUAAACUCAUACUGUGGAGCUACAUGCUUAAGUGCAGUCAUUUGGUAUCUAAAUACUCCAGAUGCAUUGUUAAUAUUUGAUAAUGCAUUGUCUGUACAACUCCUAAAUUGCAUAAAUCUUUUGAAAAUUUUGUUACUGAAAUGUUUCCAUUGUAUUUAGCACUCUUUCUUGCGCUUGCAGCAGUUUUAGUUAAAUACAUGACUGAAGAUCUUGUGUUUUAAAACAUGGUACUUUGUCAUUCUAUCCCUCAUUAAAAUAAUGAAUAUUAUGUCCUUUUAAAACCAGGGUACUAGAGUACUGACAAAAAUGUUUUUAUUUUUAUUUAAAAUGUAUUUUCCAUUUAUUUUGUUGAUUGCAGGUUUGAAUUUAGCUUUGUAGGCAACAGAGAACUAAUAACUCAGAGUAUUAUUACUAUUGGCAGGGUGUGACUAUUUUCAGCCUAUUAGUAAAUGGUAAAUUGGUGGAGAUGAGAUGAUACCUUUGCUAUUCUGCAGUGUGCAGUGGGGUUAACAGUAUUAGUUUUGAUGCAACAUACAUGAACAGUCAAUCACCAGUUCCAUGUGUGAAUAUAAGUGCAGGAAUCUUGCCAGAGAGUGUCAUUGACUAGUUUCCAGUAGUUUACAAGUCAAUCUCCAA